GUCUUGUCGGUCGACUCCCCCGGCUGAACCAUCUUCCGUUGCAAUGCAAUGUUCAUAUGGUUGUGGAGUGACGCUGAUCUGAUACCCUGCUGUGCCGAGCCUCCAUUGUUUCCCUGAGCUGCGAGUGCUUCUUCCUCCUCUUGUUCCGGACGCUCAAUCUGCAAGAGCUUCAAUUUUUAGCUGGGAUUGAAGGGAAGCUGCUGCGGUGUACUGAUUGUUUCAGAGUCGGGGAUAGGCAAUUGUAGGGCAGCUCGUCUCAGUCCACCAUGGCGAAGAAGUCGGAGCUUGGAGUCUCCAGUUCCACCGGCAAUAAGAACAAGAAGACGAAGAAGAAGAGCAAGGCUCAACCUGGCGCCGUUGCCAUGAAAGUGAAAGCUCCGAAGCUCAACAACCCCUUUGAGACCAUCUGGUCCCGCCGCAAGUUCGACAUCCUCGGCAAGAACCGCAAGGGCGAGGAGCGACGGGUUGGUCUUGCUCGCUCUCGUGCUAUCGACAAGAGGAAGAAGACGCUGCUGAAGGAGUACGAGCAGAGCGGGAAAGCCUCUGUCUUUGUCGAUAAGCGUAUUGGGGAGGACAACGAGGAGAUUGGGGAGUUCCAAAAGGCUCUUUUGAGGUCUCAGCGGGAGUUUAAGUUGAAGCUGAGCAAGAAAAGCAAGUAUAACCUAUCAGAUGGAGAAGAAGAUGAUCUUGGACUUGGAGGGUCAUUUGAGGGAACAGAUGAUUUCGAGGAUGAGAUGUUACCAGAAGAUGAUGACGGCGCUGAGCCAACCGAGAGAGAUUCACAUGUUUUAAAACAACUCGAUAGUCGUAGCAUCUUGAAUUCAGCGGAGACAGAUGUGACCGAAGGCGAGGAAAAUAAACCCAAGAGCAAAAAGGAAGUGAUGGAGGAGAUUAUAUUUAAGAGCAAAUUGUUUAAGGCCCAAAAAGCAAAAGAUAAGGAGGAGAAUGAGCAGUUGAUGGAGGAGCUGGAUAAAAACUUCACAUCUUUAGUGCAAUCUGAGGCUUUAUUGUCUUUGACUGAGCCUAGCAAGAUGAAUGCUCUCAAGGCACUAGUAAAUAAGAAUAUUCCAAAGGGGAAUUCAGCAAGCAAUGAAUCAUCUUCUACACAGAAAGUUGAAACUUUCAUGCAGCAGGAUAAACCAGAUAGUUAUGAUAAACUUGUCAAAGAAAUGUCACUAGAUAUGCGAGCUCGCCCAUCGGAUCGGACAAAGACACCCGAAGAGAUUGCUCAGGAAGAGAGAGAACGAUUGGAGCAGUUGGAGGAAGAGCGCCGGAAAAGGAUGCUUGGUAUGGAUGAUCAGAGUGAUGAGGAUGGUGAAGAUGCUGAGAGACCAUCUACCCAGCAGGUCAGAUCUAUUUCCGGUGAUGACCUUGGUGAUUCUUUCUCACCUGAGGAAGAGCCAAGGAAUAGAAAAGGCUGGGUUGAUGAGAUUCUUGCAAGAAAGGAUGAAGAAGAUUCUGAGGAGGAAGAUGGAGAUUCUUCUGAAGAGUCAGGCAGUGAUGAAGCUGAUGGCGAUGAAGAAGGAUCUGAUGAGGAUGAAAUUGAAGAUGAGAAGAUGUCUUCUCUGAAAGACUGGGAGCAAAGUGAAGAUGAACUUGAUGCAGAUCUGGAUGAGGAAGAGGAUGAGGAAGAGGAGGAUGAAGAUGAUGAUGAAGAAAAAAGCGAUGAUGUAAGUGCUGAUAGAAAGAAACAAGUUAAGCCUAUUAGUAGGGAUACUGAUGAAACUAAGAAGAAAAUUACUGAUUCUUCUGAGGGGGCAAAAGUAAAGGCAGAUGUUAAGCCAGUGUUAAAUCAAGGGAAGGGUCUUCCCUGUUUAAUAGAAGCUCCCAAAAGCUUGGAAGAACUGAAUAUUUUAUUUGAGGGCCGUUCCAACUCCGAAAUUGUAAUCCUAAUCAGUCGGGUGAGGGCAAGCAAUGCAAUUGCUCUUGCAGCAGAAAAUCGUAAGAAGAUGCAGGUAUUUUAUGGUGUGUUAAUGCAGUAUUUUGCUGUCCUAACGAAUGCGAAGCCCUUGAAUUUCGAAUUGGUGAAUAUGCUGGUUAAGCCAUUGACGGAAAUGAGCAUGGAGAUUCCAUACUUUGCAGCAAUAUGUGCACGCCAAAGAAUCUUGCGAACACGAACACAGUUUUGUGAGGCUAUUAAGAGCUCAGAGGUGAGCAGUUGGCCCUCUCUCAAGACAUUGUUUCUUCUGAGGCUGUGGUCGAUGAUAUUUCCUUGUUCCGACUUUCGGCAUCCCGUCAUGACCCCGGUGAUAUUGUUGAUGUGUGAAUACUUAAUGCGUUGUCCCAUUUUAUCGGGAAGAGAUAUUGCAGUGGGCUCUUUCUUGUGCUCUAUGGUUCUAUUGCUGACCAAGCAGUCUCGGAAGUUUUGUCCUGAGGCCCUUAUGUUCCUUCAGAGUUUGCUCUCGUCAGCUGUGGACCGCAAAGUAGAAUCAAAUAAUGCUUCUCAAUUUUACCAUCUUAUGGAAGUACGAGCACUUAGGCCUCUGCUCUGCGUAAGCAGAGUUGUAAAUGAAAUCAUUCCUUUAAAUUUUCUCAAGUUAAUGGACAUGCCAGAAGACACUUCCAUUUUCAGUUCUGACGAUUUCAGGGUGAGCAUUCUAGCAAAUGUGGUCGAGACGCUAAGAGGAUUCGUCAAUAUUUACGGGGAGUUGAAUUCAUUUCCGGAGCUAUUUUCGCCGAUACCAGGCCUAUUGCUUGAGGUAGCAGAAAAUGAGAAAUUGCCAGAUGAGUUGCAAAAUAAAUUGAAGGACAUUGCUGAAAUCAUUAAGAAGAAAACCCAUGAACAUCAGUUCUUGCGGAAACCACUUCAAAUGCGGAAGCAGAAGCCGGUACCGAUUAAGCUUGUUAAUCCCAAAUUUGAGGAGAACUUUGUUAAGGGGAGGGAUUACGAUCCAGACAAAGAACGGGCUGAGAUGAGAAAGUUGAAGAAACUGAUAAAACGCGAAGCCAAGGGAGCAGUGCGCGAACUCCGUAAAGACAACUACUUCUUGUUUGAGGUGAAGGAGAAAGACAGGGAACUGCUGGAACAAGAGAAAGCAGAAAAGUACGGGAAAGCAAGGGCUUUCCUUCAAGAACAGGAGCAUGCGUUCAAAUCGGGGCAACUUGGUAAAGGCCGGAAGAGGAGGAGGUGAAGGAAGACUUGUGUCUCUCGUCUCUAUAUCCUUUAGGGCAGCUUCGAGUAAUUUUUCCGGCAGUCUGAUUGCGUACUCUUGUAGGUCAGAACUGUUGUUGUAGCGGUCAGGGUUACAGAGCAGUUAAGCUGAGCAGCAUAUUAUAUUAAACAGUGCAUUCGAGAUUGUUGUCUUCUUUAGUUGUCUGUAAAUAUAAAUUUUGCCUGAUACAUACUCUUCACGAGUAAUUUUGCCUUGAAUA